AUGGCACUACUGAUAGUACUGAUUACCUGUUUUGUGAUUAUUUUUGCUACUUCCCAGCCUUGCCAGACCCCUGGUGACUUUGUGGCUGCCACUUCUCCAGGGCACAUCAUGAUUGGAGGUUUGUUUGCCAUUCAUGAAAAAAUGCUGUCCUCAGAAGACCACCCCAGAUGGCCAGAAAUCCAGAAGUGUGUUGGCUUUGAAAUAUCAAAUUUUCUUCAAACUCUUGCCAUGAUACACAGCAUUGAGAUGAUCAAUAAUUCAACACUAUUAUCUGGAGUCAAACUAGGGUAUGAAAUCUAUGACACUUGCAUAGAUGUCACAGAGGAAAUGGCAGCUGCUCUGAGGUCUAAGUUCAACUGCUCCAGAGAAAUCGUGGAGUUUAAGUGUGACUAUUCCAGAUACAUGUCAAGGGUUAAGGCUGUCAUAGGUGCUGGCUACACAGAAAUAACCAUGGCUGUCUUCCGGAUGUUGAAUUUACAGCUCAUGCCACAGGUGAGUUAUGAAUCAACUGCAGAAACCCUAAGUGACAAAAUUCGCUUUCCUUCAUUUUUACAGACUGUGCCCAGUGACUUCUACUAGACUAAAGCAAUGGCCCACCUGAUUCAGAAAUGUGGAUGGAACUGGAUUGGCAUCCUAACCACAGAUGAUGACUAUGGACGACUGGCUCUCAACACUUUUGCACUUCAGACCUCAACAAAUAAUGUGUGCAUAGCCUUCAGAGAAGUUCUCCCAGCCUUCCUCUCAGAUAAUACCAUUGAAGUCAGGAUCAGUCAGACACUUGAGAGAAUCAUAGCAGGCCAGGUUAAUGUCGUUGUGGUAUUUCUGAGUCAGCUCCAUGUUUUCAAUCUCUUCAGUAAAGCCAUUGAAAGGAAUAUAAAUAAGUUCUGGAUUGCUAGCGAUAACUGGUCAAUGGCCACCAAGAUCACCGCCAUUCCUAAGGUUAAAAGGAUUGGCAAAGUUGUGGGGUUUACCUUUAGAAGAAGGAAUAUGUCCUCUUUCCAUUCCUUUCUUCAAAAUCUGCAUAUGUUUCCCAGUGAUAACAACAAGCCCUUAAAUGAAUAUGCCGCUCAAGGCUCUGCCUGUGCAUAUACUAAGGACAGUGAUCUGAGUCAAUGCAUUUCCAACUAUUCUCAGGGGACUUUGUCCUACAAGGCUAACGAGGAUAUAGAAAGGAACUUCUCGCUGAGAAAUGACUUCCUGUGAGAUUACACUGAGCCGGGACUUAUUCACAGUAUUCAGCUAGCAGUGUUUGCCCUUGAUUAUGCCAUUUGGGAUCUGUGCCAAGCUCGAGACAGUCAGAACCCCAAUGCCUUCCAACCAUGGGAGGUACCAACUCACAUAUCUGAGAAAAUUCCCCUACCAUCAUUUCUCUCCUUUCUUUAAUCUGCAAUAUUUAUAUAAACUGCUCUUAACUGUAUUCCUUUUAUAAGUAGAUACUUGCAGUGUUUGAAUAACCUGAAUUUCUAUCACUAGUUCUUUGUUCUUAAGAAUAAUAGAGUUUUUAUUUUACCUUCACCUCCUACU